AUGGAGGAAGACAGAGAUAUGCCCAAGAGGCCGUGGGAUACCUGUCGAGAGGUCCCAGUCAUCGAAGAUGAACAUACGCCCUGGAAACUAAUAAAGCUGCUGAAGUUAAUCUCAUUAUGUGUAGUCGCUGUGCUUGUCUUCGGAUUGGCGCUAUGUAGCAAGACUUCUUUCCUCCUCCUGAUCACCUUAUCCAAUGAAGGCACUAAGACCCUCCCAGCAGACCAGAAACCUGUCGCUCUGCUGUGUAUCGGCUGCUCUCUCAUCACUUCCAGUGUCCUUCUUUUCCUCAAAAGCUUCUGGAAAGCAUGCUACAAAACAUCAAAGCUGCCAAAUAAAGCAACUGCUGCCCUGGUUCUGUUCUUUGAGUUCCUGGUGUCUCUGGGUGCAGCAGUUCUCACCAUAGUGGCCAUGCCACACCUGGACAUUGUGACCAAUGUAACCAUACUGAACGGUGUAGGUGUCCUGUCUGCACUCCUGCAGGUGGUAGCCCAGUGCACUGCCAAAGAAAGAACCCGCCUUCUGCUGCCAUCCAUCACUGCCUUCAUCCUCAUUUUGCUUGGUUACAUCCUGUUCCUUGUCUUAUACAUUAUGAAGGAUCCAAAUUAUACCAAGAUGGCAAUUUGGGUCGGUCUAGCUGUUGGUGGGUCAUUCUUGGUGUCUUUCAACUGGUGGGAUAACUACUUCAGAUUGAUCAGUGAGAACAGUGGCUCUGUCUCCCUCAAGAUGCUUUGCAGAGACAUGACAAAGUGUCAGAACAUGCUGCACAUCCUCUCCAGCCUGCUCAGAAUCGUGGUGACUACCUGUGUGCUUGGUGCCUACGUCCCUCUGUCCAAGAUGGACUGGGGCAUAGUGACCUCCAUCCCGACUCGUGAGACAAGGAUUAUAGCCAUAAUCAUCGGGGUCCAGCUCAUCUCCUCAGCACUGUGCCACUGGUUUGCAGUUGCAGCCUGCAAGAUGCACGCCCUGCGACGAUGCUUCAUCCUGCCUCUGUACCUGGCUUCUCUGGCUGUGAUGGCUCUGCUGAUCAUCCCUGUUAUUGUUUACUAUCAGGACUACAGAAUAAGUCUGAACGGGACUGAAAGCAUCAACUUCACAGGCUACUGCACUGAAGUUGUGUAUGCAAGAAACCAAAGCCUGAAUGGCAAUGUGUUCCCACAUCUGGUUUUAGAUGUUACACACACUCUGUGCUUCCUGGACAUGUCCAGUAUAACUGACAUCGGCCUACUAUCAGGUUCAGCAGUGGCUUGGUGGCUGGGUCUUGUGUUGGCCACCCUCCACUUGUGGUACCUCAACGUGUAUCGUAUCCAGAGGACCCAGGACCUGUUCAUCAGGAGGCUAUAUGAAGGAACCUUUAUCGAGCAGUCCCUACUCUUCAACACCCGAUUUGACAUUCAGACCAAAGACAGAAUGAAGAGAGGCUAUGCAGCCUUUGAGCCAGUAAUGGUAUAUCUGUGUGCAACCAUGUGGCACGAGACCUACGAUGAGAUGAUUAAAAUCAUUAUUUCAAUCUUCAGACUGGACAAGUACAGACCAAAGAAAGAGCAAAAGGUCAAUGAUUUCACCUUCGAGGCUCAUAUCUACUUUGAUGACGCAUUCAAUGCUGUUGAAGGGCAUCACGGGUCUGAACUCAAUGAAUAUGCAAUAAACCUUGUGAAAAUCCUCACAGAAGUUUACGGCAUCUUCAUGAACAUUGAUGAGAAAUUCUUCAGAGAGCAGCAGCAGAUCCCUGAUCGGAAGAUCAUAAGGACGCCGUAUGGAGGUCGUCUUGUGGUCACCAUGCCUCAUGGCAACAUCAUUGUGGUCCACUUCAAGGACAAAGAGCUCAUCCGCCACAAGAAGAGGUGGUCUCAGGUCAUGUACCUUUACUAUCUUUUGGGCUGGAAGCUCAUGACCAAAUACUACAGACGUUGGCAGAAAGGAGAGGACGAGAAAGAACUGCAAGCAGAGGUCCAGAAAGAGAAGCACAACACCUACCUCCUUGCUUUGGACGGGGACACAGACUUCCAGCCGGCUGCUGUUAUGUUCCUCAUCGAUCGUCUGAAAAUGUACCCACGUGUUGGGGUAGCAUGUGGCAGGAUUCACCCCACUGGUUCAGGUCCUGCAGUAUGGUUUCAGAAGUUUGAGUAUGCCGUCAGCCACUGGCUACAGAAGACGGCGGAGCAUGUUAUUGGCUGCGUGCUAUGCAGCCCCGGCUGCUUCAGCUUGUUCAGAGCAGAGGCACUUAUGGACGACAAUGUGAUGAAGAGAUACUCUACCAAGUCCAUGGAGGCGAGCCACUACAUUCAGUAUGACCAAGGUGAGGACCGCUGGCUGUGUACGCUGCUGCUGAAGCAGGGAUGGAGAGUGGAGUACAAUGCAGCAUCUGAUGCCUACACUAAUGCCCCGGAGGACUUCAAAGAACUGUACAACCAGCGUCGACGUUGGGGACCGUCCACAAUGGCCAACGUUGUGGAUCUGCUGGGAGCCACCAGCCUGAUUUCCAAGAGGAACCAAUCCAUAUCCAAAGUCUUCAUGUUCUACCAGCUCUUUGCCAUGACAUCAGCUGUACUGUCGCCCGCGACCAUCUGCCUUUUGAUCGCAGGAAGUUUGGCUAUCAUCUUCAACAUCAAUUCGAGCAGCGCUCUGGUCCUGUCUGUGAUACCUCCUGCCAUCUACCUGGGUCUUUGCUUCAAGCUCAAAACAGACACUCAGAUCAUUAUUGCAGAAGUCAUGAGUGUCAUAUAUGCAUUUCUAAUGUUGGUGGUGUCAAUGUCCAUUAUAGGCUCAAUGGUGAAGGACAAAACCAUCUUGACACCCAGCAGCAUCUUCAUCGUGUCCAUGGCGAUCAUUUACAUCAUUACUGCGAUAAUGCAUCCACAGGAAUUUCUACUGUUGUUCCACGGCUUUCUCUACAUCAUCUGCAUACCCAGCUCCUACCUCCUGCUCACUAUUUACUCCAUGGUCAAUAUGAACAACGUGUCCUGGGGCACCAGGGAGACAAAGCCUGUCGCUGGAGCCGCCCCUCCUACAACCACCAAGCCACAAACAACAGCCCAGAAAGCCAAAAAUACCUUCAAACGUUUCUUCUCAUGGUCCAAAUGUUGUAAAAAAUCCAGCUGCAGAACUAAUGGAGAACAGCUCACUGUCAGCCAGGACAACCUGGUCCCAGAGCCCACACAGCCUGAACCUCAUCCCCAAAACACUAUUGUGGAGGACAUAAAGAUCUUUGAGGAAGACCAGAGGCAAGAGGAGCCUUCUUUCGAUUGUCCUGCCCAGUGUUGGGUCACAGACUUACAGACUUUGUCUGAUGACAUGCACCUGCAGGAGGACACACUCAGCCAGGAAGAGGAGGCAUUCUGGAAAGAGCUGCAGGAAAAGUACCUGAAACCUCUGCCUGAUGACAAAGAGAGACAGAAAAAAAUUGCCAGUGACCUGAGAGAGCUGAGAAACAAGAUAAACUUCGCCUUCUUCACCGUGAAUGCCAUGUGGCUGGUGGCGACCUUUACCCUCCAGAUCUUCAACAUGUCCUUGUCCAUCCAGAUCCCCAAAUUCGACCUCCAACUGCAAUACACCGGAGAAAACGUUGUGAUCGAUCCCAUUGCCUUCAUGUUCAUUCUGGGCUUCGCUAUGUCAGUUGUGAUUCAGUUCCUUGCCAUGCUGUACGAAAGAAUAUACACCCUGAUCCAUUAUGUAGCCUUUAUGGACACAGAGCCCAGAGAAUCAAAGCCUGAGAGCCAAGAUUCAUACCUACCAGGCAAAAAGGUCAAGUCUGUCUCCAACUCCAACUCCGACUCUGAGCCAGAAGACAGUAAUGAUGAGUUCCCCGCAGUGUUGUACAGACGUCACGGCAGUGGCACUUUGGUGUAAACAUAGACUUUCUGUGCACCACCCAAACUUUUUAGCAC